AAAAUCUGGUGCAUGCCCAAGAGAUUAAUUGACCUUUGUGCCUUUAAACCUCCUGAGCAGUUCAAGUCAGAACAGCAAAGAGAGAUUGCAGCAGAUUUAUCUUUCUGGAAAUAAGUAACAGGCUCUUCAAAGCCCCACCAGAGGUAUCUAGUGCCUUAUUUCUCAUCUAAUCUUACUCUAAGUUCUGAAUGUUUAUAAAUUGCUUGUAAAGAUGGAAGCCUGGAGUAAAAGUCAAAACCGAUUAUCUGUUUUUAGGUGUGUUUAAGACUGGGUGCACAGUGGAUUCUCUAUUCCAGGCCAAAGUCUGCUCCAGCAGAAGGCUUUGACUUACCAGCAGCAGGGCUGUCCCUGCCCAGCAGUGGAAGCACUCAGCGGAACGAGCCUGCUUUAAUCUCACUGCGACCCCGAGCAAACAAGGAAAUUAAUUCCUGGACAUCUGGAAGGAGAGGAGCCCCAGCAUUCUCGGAAAGUGACACUUUUUUAUGCACCUCAGAGCGCAAAAGCUGAAGCAAAAAAAGACUGUAAUCGACCUUUCACUUUCCCUGGAUUCCUGUUAUUUAGGAAAUUUAUUUGUAAAUAAAACUGGGUAUAUUCGGUCUUCCUACAAGUAGAAACGGCUUCGAGAGGCCACGACAAACAGCAGUCGGGGAGAUGCAAACGCUUCUUGUGGAAUUGAUGUGCCGGGGUCUUUUGUCGCUUUCCCCCAUGUGUGGUGCAUCCCAUGGCAUUUAUCACUUCACCGCUCGACGGGAGCGGCCAGGCUGGGCUGCCUGAGCCUCCCGACGGGAACCGGGCCGGGACGGCACGAAAGAUCAGCGGGGCAAACGCGGUGAGGGAGCCCGAUGAGUAACAGAGGAUCGGUGCCGGGGAGCCCGAUGAGUUCCGGGGGCAGAGCCGUGAGUGCAGCCCAGCCCCGCUGAACCCUCACUGCUGGACUUUCACAUUUGAACCCGCCGGGCACCCGCGCUGCCCCGGCCCGCUCCCGGCGGAAGCGGAAGGGCCGGGCAGUAGCGGCGGCCGCCUCAGUGACGGGAGCAGGCUCGGGAGCGGGAGCAGCCCCGGUGACGGCAGCGGCAGCAGUCGGUAGCGGCGGCAAAAAUGCCUGCGACAUGCGACUUCGUUACACUCCACACUGGGCAGAAGAUGCCUCUCGUGGGACUGGGAACUUGGAAAAGUGACCGUGGCCAAGUGAAGGAGGCAGUGAAACAUGCCCUCAGUGUGGGCUAUCGCCACAUCGACUGCGCAGCCGCCUACAGCAACGAAGCUGAGAUUGGGGAGGCCUUCCAGGAAUGUGUUGGGCCCAACAAGGUUAUUAAAAGGGAGGAUCUGUUUGUAACAUCAAAGCUCUGGAAUACCAAGCACCACCCAGAAGAUGUAGAGCCAGCACUGAGAAAAACACUUGGAGAUAUGAAACUGGAUUACCUGGACCUGUACCUCAUGCACUGGCCUCAUGCCUUUGAACGAGGGGACAAUCUCUUCCCAAAGAAUCCUGAUAACACAAUGCGUUAUGACUACAUUGAUUACAAGGAUACCUGGAAGGCUAUGGAGAAACUGGUGGGAAAAGGUCUUGUGAAAGCCAUUGGGCUGUCAAACUUCAACAGUCGUCAGAUUGAUGAUGUACUAAGUGUGGCUACUGUGAAGCCAGCUGUGCUCCAGGUGGAAUGCCAUCCUUACCUAGCUCAAAACGAGCUGAUUGCUCACUGCCAGAAACGAGGACUGGUGGUCACUGCCUAUAGUCCCCUUGGCUCUCCAGAUCGCAUGUGGAAACACCCAGAUGAGCCUGUGCUGCUAGAGGAACCUGGGGUCAAAAAAAUUGCAGAAAAAUACAGCAAGUCACCUGCACAGAUCGUCCUCAGAUGGCAAGUGCAGCGUAAAGUGGUUGUCAUUCCCAAGAGCGUCACUCCUGCUCGCAUUCAGCAGAAUCUCCAGGUGUUUGACUUCAGCCUUACAGAAGAGGAGAUGAGCCACAUUGGAAGCCUGAAUAAAAACUGGCGUUAUAUUGUGCCAAUGAUUACGGUGGAUGGAAAGCUAGUAGCCAGAGAUGCUGGACACCCCCACUACCCCUUCAAUGACCCCUAUUAACCAUUGGAAAAUAAGGUGUUAAAGUAAUGAUCCCGGGCGUGCCCUUCCACAAUGUAAUUGUUGCCACGAUUUGUCAAAAGCACUGUCCAAAUUGAAACCUUCCUUCCCAAGUAGGUUUUCCUACAAUGUAUUACUUCUAAUCGACCUCCUGCCUGGAGAUCCUGUAGCUUCCGUGCCAAAGUUUGUGGAUUUCUUACGACUGCAAGCUGGCUCCUGGAGGCAUCAGAUCUUUUGAAGAUUUGAUAAAGAGUGAUGGAGUCUAAGUCAAGUUCCAAAUGCAUCAUUGUCAGACUAGGACAUUACUUUGGGUAACUACUUUGGUCACUACUGUGAAAUGGUUUUGAAAACUUCAGUUACUACCAGGAUGAGGGAAAAAAAUAAGAAGGAUGAAGGCAUGAAAGUUUUUUAAGACUAAAAAAUUUCUCAGCCAUCAACUUUGAUAUCUUUAUUAAUAAUUUUUUACACAGGGAAUAAAGUGACAUGUGCUACAGUUGCACUAUGUCCAUAAACCAUUUAUUAAAAGCCAAGUAAUCAGUCAUGCCCAGUGCUUUUAUCCACUUCAUAGUACUUUUGGGACCUAGAGUUCUCAAUUUUCUUUUAAUUUGGCUGUAGAUUUGAGCAGAAUAAAAGCAGACCCUGGAGCAGGCCUUCAGGGCAAUCCUCUCUUUUACUUGUCACAGUGCUGGAUUUCAGCUCUGACAGCAGCUCUGAUCCUAUCACAAAAGCCACAAGAACUUUUUUUAGCAAAUCUUGCAGAAAAACAUCCUGCUUUUCCUGUGAAGCUGUCCAGUGUUUCUUUACCAAAGAUGUCCAUUUUGAGUUAUGGAAGGUCACAAAAUUAGUUCCUAAUUGUACAGUAAGACUAAAGACCUUUCAGAGCUCUCGAUGUUUUAAUGUUGCAUUUUUGGCUGCUGCCAAAAAAUGUCUUUGGUUGAUGCUUAAGAGAGCUGCUCCUGUCUCCUGCUGUACCACUGACCUGCUGGUAACUUGGGGUGAGUCAUUUGCCUUUUGUGCCUGUUUUCCUACUUGCCAUGUCUCUGUGUUCCCCUGGCAGGGUCUAAUUUGCUGAGUGCUGAUGCACCCUUGGACUGGAACUCCAGCUGUAAGCACAGUUUUCUUUUGUUUCAGUCUUCUAAUGAAUUGGCUGGUCAUCUGAGCACAAAGGGCACAAGGUGUUGUUAGUACCUACCUGUGCUCUGGUGGUGACACUUUCUGUGGCCUUAGAAACAUCAACACUUUAUUUUGGUCUUCUCUACCUGUUAAAUAGGAUUUUUUUUCCCCAUAGUAGUAGAAGUAACUAGAAAAAGAGUCUUGUGUAUCAAAUAGUUCAAAAGUUUAAGAAUUGGACACUUUAAUUUGAAUAACCUCAUUUGCAAUAGGCCUAUAGCAGAUUUAUGUAUUCAUUUUGAGUGUAAAGCCUUCUCAGGUAAUUCCUGCCCUGGGCCUCACAGUGUGCAGCUGAACUGCAAAAA